CUCUGAACCGAUAACACUGAAGGCUUUAUCCAGGCUCCUUACUCGGCGGCUGCGCCGCCUCUAUCCUUGGCCAUGGCCUGCGGAGGAGCUACUGGAAAAGCGCUCCUUUCCUCCUCUUCCUCGUCCUUAUUCUUCUCUCGAACCCUCUUUUCCUACAAUAAGCCUCGCUUCCCGCCGCCGCUUAGGGUUUUCCCGGGGUUUACCCGUGCUCUCUGCCUCUCCGCUGCCCCAACAGCCAUCGCCACCACUGACGAGGAGCCGGCUCCGCAGCCCCUGCGCCAUUCUCUCCUGCUUGAAAGACUCCGUCUGCGACACCUCAGGGACCAAUCGAAGGGCAUUGAUCAGGGGCGGGCGCCGAUCUCUCCGUCACUUCCGCGCCCCGCGAAUGUUGCGGUCAAGAAGGAGCGCAAGGAGAAGAAGCGUGGGUCGGCGUCGAGCUUCGAGGAGUUGGGACUGGGUGAUGAGGUGAUGGGGGCGGUGAAGGAGAUGGAGAUCUCGGUGCCGACGGAGAUCCAGUGCAUCGCGGUGCCCGCCGUGCUCGAGGGUAAAAGUGUCGUUUUGGGCUCUCAUACUGGGUCCGGCAAGACCCUGGCUUACAUGCUGCCCAUAGUUCAGCUGAUGCGGCAAGAUGAAGCAUUAUCUGGAGUGCUGAUGAGACCCAGGCGUCCUAGAGCUGUUGUGCUUUGUCCAACAAGGGAGCUAUGUGAACAGGUUUUCCGUGUAGCCAAGUCUAUAAGCCAUCAUGCUAGGUUCCGGUCAACUAUGAUCAGUGGAGGUGGACGUUUAAGACCUCAAGAAGAUUCUCUAAGCGAACCGAUUGAUAUGGUUGUUGGGACCCCAGGAAGAAUUCUUCAACAUAUCAAUGAUGGGAAUAUGGUUUAUGGGGACAUAAAAUUCUUGGUUUUGGAUGAGGCAGAUACAAUGUUUGAUCAAGGCUUUGGUCCUGACAUACGCAAGUUUCUUGGACCCCUAAAGAACCGUGCUGCUAAACCUGGUGACCAUGGUUUUCAAACUGUUUUGGUCACUGCAACCAUGACUAAGGCAGUGCAAAACUUGGUUGAUGAGGAAUUCCAGGGAAUAAUUCAUUUGCGCACUUCUAGUUUUCAAAAGAAAGUUGCAUCUGCUCGACAUGACUUUAUUAAACUUUCUGGUGCUGAGAACAAGCUUGAAGCUCUUCUACAGGUUCUGGAGCCAAGUUUGUCAAAGGGAAAUAGGGUUAUGGUCUUCUGCAAUACACUAAAUUCCAGUCGUGCUGUUGAUCAUUUUCUUACUGAGAAUCAGAUAUUCACUGUAAAUUACCAUGGAGAGGUGCCAGCAGAGGAAAGAGUUGAAAACCUGAGAAAGUUUAAGAGUGAAGAUGGAGAUUGUCCAACUUUGGUGUGCACGGAUUUGGCUGCUAGAGGACUGGACCUAGAUGUUGACCAUGUUAUUAUGUUUGAUUUUCCAUUGAAUUCUAUUGAUUAUCUCCAUCGGACUGGAAGAACUGCUCGUAUGGGUGCCAAAGGCAAAGUGACAAGCCUUGUCGCAAAGAAAGAUAUUCCUUUAGCCACUCGAAUUGAAGAAGCCAUGAAGAAAAAUGAGAGCUUGGAAGCUCUUUCCGCCAACAGUGUGAGAAGAGAUGCCUUCAUAUCAAAACAGAUUGAUCAGAAAUAUAAAGCAAAAGUUAUUUUAACCAAAAGUUCAUCCAAAGCGGGCAAAAAAGCAACAUCAGCUCAAAAAUCAGUGGCAGCCAGUAAAGGAAAAGCUUCAGCAUCAACAAAAUCAAAAACGACUGUCGCAAUCUCAAAGCCUAUCAAGUCUCCUGUCGGUGGAAAAAGGGAACCAACGAGGGGCAACAAGCUGCAACAGGGUAGAAAAUCUGUCAUCACAAGAAUUCCUAAGUCUAAGCUCAGUGUUGUUGGUUUCAGGGGGCGCAGUUCUGCUGGCAGAAAGCAAUCACCUAAACCUACAUGAUAAUGUUAGAAGCAAAUAUCUGCUUCCACAAAAAUUGGAGCAGUAAGCAGAUUAUGGCCUUGAGAUUUGUAGAUGAGUUGCUUUUGCCCUUGUAUUCAAAGUCUACCGUUCAACAAAGUCAUGUUGUUGGCUGCCUUGAGGAGAGUUCGGACACUAUACUGUGACUUCGGUACAAUGUAAAUAUAGGUCCUGUGUUAUUUUUGAGGUACAGAACAUUUCUUGUAUUGAGAAGGAUGUAAACACCUUGCUUCCAAGUACUUUUGCUUAAGCUAAUGAAUUAGGUAUCCCUCUCAACCAAA